AUGAUUAAAAACGGUGACGACGUGGAGAUGUGCGCCACAUUUAAAGAGGCGUGCACAAAAAGGAAUUUGUUAAGGAUCGGUGACGAAUAUGAUCGAUGUAUGCGCGAAGCGAUCACCAAAAAGAUGCCAUGUCGUCUUAGGAGAUUAUUCGCAACAUUAUGUUGUAUCAUAACCGAUGACGAUCUUGCACAAAUUCCGACUCUCUGGCAAAAUUACAAGAAGGCAAUGAUUGAGGACUAUAUCCGACGUGGAAUGAGUGUCGAAGAUGCGACUUGUAGGUGCAUCAUUUACAUCAAUAACAUCUUAGAUCGCUGCAGAACAAAGACCAUGUCAUUGGCUUCAUUUGGAGUUCAAGAUGCCAUCGAUCUUGGACUCAACAAUAGAACGAACACCACCGAUCCCAUUGACCUUGAUACUGCCAUCGAAAAUGAAGACUAUAAUAACGAGGAAGAGUUACAUCGUCCGAUUGUACCUCUAAAUCCUUAUUAUAGUAUCGACAGCUUCAAUCAAGAUCAAGCCAAGGCGUUCGCGUUAAUAAUAAAUACGAUGACCGGCAUCGCAGCCAAUUUACUACCCGGAGGACGGACGGUUCAUAACACCUUUAGACUACCGUUAAUUUUAACCGACAAUACUGUGGCUGGAUAUCCCCUUGAAAGCCAUCAGGGCAAGCGGUUAAAACGUGCCGCUGUAAUUGUGUGGGAUGAAACGCCCAUGACUCCCAGGUUUGCGAUAGCUGUCGAUAGAUAUCUCAAAGAACUGACCGGAAGACAUGACUUGCCUAUGGGGGAAAAAUGCGUCAUUUUUGGUGGAGACUUUCGUCAAAUCCUUCCAGUUGUAAAAUUGGGAGGAAAGAUGGCAGUUAUAGAUGCGUCUCUAAAAAAUUCACAUCUAUGGCCGAAAAUGACACUCGUCUCUCUAAAGACAAACGUGCGAUCCGUUCAGUCUAACGCCACGAACACCAUUGGCAGUUCCACUAACACCAGGACAGAAUUCGGUGGCAGUUAUAGUGAUUGGCUUUUGUGCCUCGGCGAGGGAAGGCUGCCUUACGCUACGGUCGUUACCGGUGCUACACCAACGGGUCUCCGAAAGAGACAAGUCAUAUCAACAGCUGCUGUUGCAGCUAUUACGACAACCAUUGGUGUAGCCGUCGAUAAUUCGACUAUGCCAGCUAAUAUGGCGGUCAUUCCUCGUGAUUUGGUACAAAUUCCCCCUUCGCUAUUGGUCAAUUCGAUCGAAUCAUCUGUUGAAUUUGUCUUUGACACUGGAAUUUACGAUGGCAAACGAGCUAUUCUUUGUCCUGCCAACGCAGCUGUAUAUGACGUUAAUAAUUUUAUUUUAGAUCGUCUAGAAGACGAAUGCACCACCUACGUUAGUAUCGACGAUUACGUAAAUGACCCAUCUGAUUCUUUUUCUAUAAACAUGGACCUCAUCAACUCUGCUGAUGUCCCGGCUUUACCGCCACAUAAGUUGCGGUUAAAAAAGGGAGCUGUGGUGAUGUUACUUCGUAACAUUGACAUCGCGGCUGGUCUAUGUAAUGGAACUAGAAUGGUGAUUGUUAAUUUACAAGAAAAUUUCCUAGAGUGCAAAAUUUUAUCUGGCUCUUCUAUAGAUAAAGUAGUGUGGAUUCCAAAGAUUCACAUGAAAGCCAGAUAUAAUAUUUUACCAAAUGAUAUUGAUCGAUUUCAAUUCCCUGUUCGUCUCGCCUUUUGCAUGACCAUCAAUAAAUCCCAAGGCCAAACUUUCCAUAAAGUCGGUAUUUAUCUUAGAGCGCCAUGUUUCAGUCAUGGCCAACUCUAUGUGGCCUUUUCGCGAGUUGGUUCUCCUGACCAAAUUCGCUGUUUGAUUAACGAAACACCAGAACAGGGGUGUUUCGGUCGAAUUUCGUCCCGCCGAUACACUUCGAAUAUUAUUUAUUACAAAAUAUUUAGUAAUCGAAGUGAUCAAAUUCCCAUUGUCCGUGAAGUGAUGCCGACUAUGGAUACACCCCAUAUCUCCCCUACGACUACUAAAAGAAAAACGCCAAUUCCCCCACACCAUCUAAUCUCCCUAGUCGUAGAAAACUUCCGGCAUGCAAAAGGAACAGUUCCCAAACCACCAUCAAUCUUCCUCGCACACCUUCACCAUCUCGUCAAGUCACACGUCCCCGACAAGUCCCCUUAA